UUGUCUUGUUUAUGUUGUGUGAAGUAACAAUUUGUUGAUUUGACAUUAGCGCGCCGAACGCCGGCUGGAGCGAACGUAUGGUGUUUUAUCGUAUACCGAUUGCAUUUUGAGUCUUUUUUUCACGUCGUAUUCCUAAAUUGAACCAUGGAGGUUUUAUUGAAAUUUAUUUUAUUGUUUUUGUGCUACCAUUCGGCAGUUUGUAGUGAGGUUACUUACAAGGCGACAGUGAUAUCAGGUAACUUAAGAAAUGGCCUCAGAGAUUAUUUACCUCAAAUGAAUGAAAUUUCCAAACAGAAUGUGGAUAUUGUACUAUUGGCUUCUGAAGUUUCUGAUUCUGAAACUUACGGGAAAGCGGACUGCACUGAUAAUUACGAUGAGUUGAUACGAGAUAUAUCAUUGUUAGCGAACAGAUUCAAUAUAUAUGUAGUCACGCAUUUGUACCAGAAAGUACAAUGUCAAGGCAAUGUAGAAGCUAUGAAGAAUAAUAUUGUAUUUGAUAGAAAAGGAGCUAUUGUUGCUGUUUACACAAAACCUUUGAAUAAUUACGCAACAUGCAAUGUAACAUCUCAGAACACGUUUACCACCGACUUUGGCGUAGAAUUUCUAGUCUUAAUGGAAGAAGACCUGUUACUUCAAGACUUAGAAAGCUUAAGAAAUACAAAGAAUGUUAUUAUUACUGGAAGAGCUGCAGACAAUAUGGUUUACAUUAAAGGAAAUCAAUUGAUAGCAUCAUUGGCGUACAUUUCCGAUGUUAAUGUCUUAUCUGAUGAUGGAAUCUUCAUUGGUAAAGCAGGUCUUAAGUCCAAAGGUGGUGUCUUGGAAAUUAAUAAGAAUGGAAAAGAUAAACAUAUCACAUUAUCUUUCAAUCCAAUCGAUAUACGUGACAUUCCACUGGAGGAUACUAACCAGUACAUCAUCAGACCGCUAGACCUGGAGGCGAGUCUGUCAGGGUAUCAGGAAACUGUGUGCGAUGGCGGAUUUUGUUGUCAAUUUUACGUCAAGACUAGAAGCCUUUGUGCAAAGACCACUGAAGCUCACUAUGGUCUGUCUGUUUAUUCUGGAGUUCGGAGAACGGGUGAGCACUACAUAGGCGUUGACUCUUGUAAGCUGGUUGUAUGCGCUGCUCUUUACAAACGUACAUGUGUUCUUGGAUUGGAGAGUAACAUGGACGUAGUUUUCGAAAAGAUAUCGAUAAAAGGUAACUUCACUGCGCAUCACUCGACACAAUUCCCUGUCAUCUUGACAACGCAAACGUCAAUGUCAUCUGACAGCUUCUCUUUCGUCAAGAAAUUGACAAAAGAUAUUCAAGAAGUGUCAGCUGAGUUGUCAAAUGCUAAAAAUAUAUUGAAAUUCGGUAUUUUAAGUCGUGAUUUUACGAGAGAUUAUGAUGAUGCUAAUUUUAAUAGUAAUAGUUCAGGUAAAAUACAAUAUUCUAAUGAUUUUUAUGAAUACAUAUUAAAUGAAGAUAUAUUUGAAUUCUUUGAUUAUUUAUGGAUUAAAAUUAGGGUUUUAAUUUUUAUUGUGUCUAUUUAUAUAUUAGAAAUGAUGUAAGGAUUGUUAAAAUUACCAAUGUACAUCCACUCGAGGGAAACAUCUGCUAUCUUUUUCUAUCUUAACAGGACAGAAUGAGACGAACAUAUGUAUUUAGUAGGGUUGCCAUUUAAUCCGCCAAAGAGUAGGUUGACAAAUCAUAGAUCGUUUUUUUUUCGCAGAGUUAUUGUUUGGCAACACUAACAUGUAUAUCUAAAUACAAGUUUUUAUCUAUUUAUGUUUAGUUGAUAUUAAAAAUAAUAUUUAUUCGGUAAAAUUAAGUUUGCUAUGGUUCACUAGCCUGAAGAUAUGCGAUGCUUUGUGAAAAUCUUAAGUUUAUUACUUUUGUGUCAAUGUAUCAUCAUCAUCAUCAUCAGCCUAUACGAGUCUACUGCUGGACUUAGGCCUCACCCAUGGCACACCACUGAGCACGAUCCUCAGCCACUCUCAUCCAGCUCUUGCCAGCUAACUAUAGCUACAAUACAUGGUAAAAAGUUAAUAAAUAUUUAUAAUAAGUUAAAUAUAAUAAGAAAUAAACAUAUUUUCU